GCAGGACUCAUGAGGAUGAGGAGGAAGGCUCCCCGGGUGAAGGGGCCGUCUCAUCCCUGGGAGCCCGCCCUGGGCACAGCGCUUUGGAGGGGUCGGGGCAGGACGGGCCCAGCGAACCCCCUCAGCCCGGGGGUCCCGCCCUGCCCGGCAGCGCCGGCCAUGCAGGUUGUGUCACAAAGGACAGAUUCUGCAUCCCACAUGAGCUACGAUAAUCCUCCACCGUACCCUGGCCCGGGCCCAACUGCCCCAUACCCACCCUAUGCACAGCAGCCAGGGGCCCCUCCUGGCCCCUACCCUGGCUACCCCCCUGGGCCCUACCAGCCAGGCCAGCCAGGCUAUCAAGGAUACCCCCAGUACGGAUGGCAGAACGCUCCUCCACCACCGCCGGGACCCGUGUACGCAGAUGGGCCCAAAAACACAGUGUACGUCGUGGAGGAGCGGCGGAGGGACGACUCGGGCGAGAGCGCCUGCCUGACGGCGUGCUGGACCGCGCUCUGCUGCUGCUGCCUCUGGGACAUGCUGACCUGAGCCCGCCCUCACCGAGCGCUAUGCAGCCUCCCCACUCCUGUCCCGACUUCUUUCUGUUACUGUAAUCAACGCUCUGCUUUGCACAGCCAAGAGUUCCCAUCUGUCCGUCCUAGCGCCUUGUCGGGGUGGGGGGUGCACUCCUUUAUUUUAGUAAAGGAAAAAGAAUCCCUUUUUAACAUUUCUAAGACUUUUGUUGUAACUUUGAAGAAUGUGCUAAUGGUGUAUUUCAGCCAAAAGCAUUCUGAUGAAAUGUGUAUUUACCAGUUGGGAUUUUCCUAGGCCUAGAGAUGAAGAUGUACGCAAUAAUUAAAGCCAACAGUUGAUUUUCUUCA